AUGGCAGACAGGUCGGUGGAAGGAGGAGCAGGAACAGAUGUUCUUUUCUCCCCAAGCCCACAAGUGCCAAAUGGAUCUGAAAUUGAGAUUUUUGACUUCCCCUCAACAGAUGAUGCCUUGUCUAGAUCCACUUUCUGGUGGUCACAGUCAACAAACAGACACUCCGAUUUCGUAAAUGGUUUUCGGGUAUCGGAUGGAGUAGCAUUAUUCACCUCCUCAACUUCAAUCCUAAUGUUCUUAUCCAUCCUCACCUCACGCUAUUCAGAGCAGGAUUUCCUCCAGUCAUUACCCUCCAGAUUGAUGUUUGGACUCACAACACUCUUCGUCUCUAUUACGACCAUGAUGAUAACCUUUACCAUAACCUCUUUCAUAGCUUGUCGUCAUGGAUUGGCAUGGAUACCUAUUCUCAUUGCUCUAUUUGCCGCUGUCCCUGCCUCUGUGUUUGCUUCACUGCAAUAUCCCCUUUUGGCAGAUGUGAUCAAUUCUACAUUUGGGUCUAGGCUUCUCUUUAAGCCAAGAGAGCAUAGGCUUUACCAGUGA